UGGGUUUCCAUUGCAGGAAGUUUGGCACCUGCCUAUCGGUGCCACUGAUAUCCAGGCUGGCGCAGGCGACUUUGAGCCGACAAUACCCCAACUGGAAGCAGCAGCAGGAGGUGGCACAGAGGCCAGGGGUGCAGGACAGCCGUGGAGCUGGCCUGAACUUUGGACCUUGCCUUCCAGUAGGAAUCAGUAUCUCAGCCCCACAGGAGCUGAUCAUGGCCUCCAAGCAAGAGAAGAGGGUGGCCUCCUCUGUCUUCAUCACCCUGGCCCCCCCACGCAGAGAUGUGGCAGUGACUGAGGAAGUGACCCAGGCAGUUUGUGAAGCCCGACGUGCUCGACCCUGGGAGACCCUUCCCACAAAGACACCUGGGGCUGCAGUGGGCAGGAGCCCCAGGACCUGGACGCCCCCUGGCAGGACCACUGCCUCGCUCCCUGAAGUCCCACCUCAGCUCUCCAAUGGAGGAUGCUCUCUCCCACCUCCUCCCCUGAAUGAGGAGGACUUAGACCUCCCGCCUCCUCCACCACCCCCUUCUGCCUACCUGCCUCUCCCAGAAGAGGAGCCUCCUGUCGUGCCCGGAUCAUCGCUCAUUUCUGACUUGGAGCAACUGCACCUGCCCCCACCCCCACCUCCACCCCUGCUACAGGCUCCAUCAAAGGGAUCUUCGGUCCAGCCUCAGCCUGUUCAGGUCAGGCCCUCGGAAGAGGAGCUUCCUCCCCCUCCAGAAGAGCCUGUUACUCUUCCAGAGAGAGAAGCAUCCACAGAUGUCUGUGGUUUCUGUCACAAGCCCGUGUCCCCUCGAGAGCUGGCUGUCGAGGCCAUGAAGAGGCAGUACCACGCCCAGUGCUUCACCUGUCGUACCUGCCGCCGCCAGUUGGCUGGACAGAGAUUCUACCAGAAAGAUGGACGUCCCCUGUGCGAACCUUGCUACCAGGAUACUCUGGAGAAGUGCGGCAAGUGUGGAGAGGUAGUCCAAGAGCAUGUCAUCCGGGCCCUGGGCAAGGCCUUCCACCCACCCUGCUUCACCUGCGUGACCUGUGCCCGGUGCAUCAGCGAUGAGAGCUUCGCACUGGACAACCAGAACCAGGUGUACUGUGUGACUGACUUCUACAGGAAAUUUGCCCCUGUGUGCAGCAUCUGUGAGAAUCCCAUCAUCCCCCGAGACGGGAAGGACGCCUUCAAAAUCGAGUGCAUGGGAAGGAAUUUCCACGAAAACUGUUACCGUUGUGAGGACUGCAGUGUCCUCCUGUCUGUGGAGCCCACCGACCAAGGCUGCUACCCGCUGAAUGACCACCUCUUCUGCAAACCUUGUCACAUGAAGCGGAGUGCUGCUGGGUGCUGCUGAAGAGUCCCGAUGGCUGGCCCGCCCUUCCCUGACUUGGUUUCCCCUCCCGACCUUUCUUGCAUACGUUCCUUUUGAGCCUCACUGGGCACUAGCGCACUGCUCAGGCCAUAGUGUCCAAAUGCAUGGGCCUGAGACACUGGGGCAUGGCCUCCUAGUACACAGCACCCUCCAGACAGACUUCCAACUCCUCUCCCUCCACUGACCAGGAGGCCCCUCACCACCAGAGUGGGACCCUGGUCCUUCCCUAGUGCUGGCCUGAUGUGUUUAUGGGGACAGGUCUCAGGGUGAUGCCUGUGUCUCUGACCAUGGUGCUUAACUGCCUGGCAGAAGGUGCUGAGGCCUCAGCUUGGAGGGUGGAGCUGAGUUGUGUGAAGUGCGCCAUGGUGGCACACACCUUUAAUCCCAGCACUUGAGAGGGUGUCUACAUUCCCGGCUAGUCUGAUCUACAGAGUGGGUUCUAUUUAAAUGAUGCCAAACAAUAUUCUUUGGAUUGGGGGGAGAGAAAUCUCUUAAUUUUUUCUUUUCUUUUUUGGUGGGGUAAAAUCACUAAAUAUCUUCCCUUGGUUCGGGGGCUGCCAAGAUAGCUCAGCAGUUAAGAGCGCUUCCUCCUUUUGCAGAAGACCAGAGUUCAUUUCCCAGCCCCGCCAUGGAGGCUCAUAGAACUACCUGUCCUGUAACUCCAGUUCCAGGAGGUCUGGCGCCCUCUACUGGCCUCUUUGGAACCUGACUGAACAUGGCGUACGCGCGCGUGCGCGUACACCUUUAAUCCCAGUACUUGGGAGUCAGAGGCAGGUGGAUCUCUGCAUUGGAAGGCAGCCAGAGCUACAACCUUUAAAAACCAAACCAAACAAAAAAACCUACUUGGGUUUGGUGGUGCAUACCUAUGACCCCAGUGCUUGGGAGAAUUGCCAGAAGCUUGAGACCUGCUUGGUCUUCAUAGAAUUCCACAUCAGUCUUGGCAGCGUUCAGAAAUAAAUAAGCAAACAAACUAUAAAUACGUAGGAACGUGAGAUAGUGACCACUGAGCCUCCCUGCCUCUGAAACACCUGCUAACUUGGAGCUGGGCUCAUGGAGGAGAGGGAGGGGUGAGCAGCCUCCUCUGCUUCCGGACCCUGCUGUGAGCUUUUGGAAUGGCUCACAGACUUGGAUUAAGUGCCUUUGACUUGCUAGGGAACACAUUUAGGGCUGAGCCUCUUUCCUCCA